UUCUCAUACCACCAGUAAUUGUGAAAGUUUUGUAAGGACAAGCUUAAUUUCGCGGCUUUUAAAAACAAAUAACUCUGUUAAUUAGACGAGAAAGUCUUUUUAGUUACAUAAUUCUUAAGAAGAUCAAGGUUAAUUUAUAAUUAGUUAUUUUAAAGUUUAUUUUUUUACCGUAAUGUCAAAUUCAAAAAUCGUUAAUUUUCAUCAACUUGUAUUUUAAAUCCAAAACAUAUCAAAUUACACAAAUUCAUAGAAAAAAAUGAGUACCAGCACAGAGGAUAAUCCACAAUUGUUUCAAAGUGAUAAAAAAAAUAAAAAACUAAGUUUAUGCACAGAAGGUAUAUUAUAUGAUGUUUUGGACAAAAUUUUUUCAAGUUUAAGCCUCAAAGAUUUGCACCGAGCCGCAGCGGUUUGCAAAUCUUGGCAGUAUGUUGCUACCAAGGAAAUGUCGAAGAGAAAUGACAUUCAAAGUUUAAUAUUACCGAUAAUAUCGGAAAAUACUCAAGUUGGAAGCAACGAUGAAGACGACAACGAGUUCAAAGAGGCCAAAUACUUGCAAAAUAGUUGGCAUAUUAGCGAUUCACUCCGAUCGUUUCCCCGCCUCCUACUAUGUUUUUCUGAUGGUGACAGCAAUUCUACGCAAACCUCCGAAGAUUUUUAUCAUCAUUAUCAUCAACGAUUAAAGCAACAUUGCACUUGUUUGGCAGUAUUUGAAACUUUGUGGAUUUCUAUGGACGAAACGGAAAUCAUGGGAAAAACUAAUUUAGGAGUCGGAAUUAGUUUUCCGUGUACAUCAAAAUUGAAAAUUAAUUUGUUCAGUCCAGAUGAUCAUGACAUGAUGCAUUUUGGAUCUGACAAUUUACUGCAAAAACUGGCUAUAAGAGCAGCCAAUACUAUCAUUAAUAAUGGUCAAGAACAUAAUUGUAUUAUAUUUUUAAGUAAUCAAACUGAAGCAUUUGAAUAUAUUGAAGCUUCGUACAAUAGAUUGUUCCUCUUUGAAUUUAUGAGAUGUCUAAGAUUUAAAUGUAAGCCUGGUACUUUCUCCUUGUGGGGUGGCGAAGUAUUAGAUAUGACAACAGAUAUUUGUGAUAUUGACAGAAAAUGUUUAGCAUGGUCUGUAGCUUUGGGAAUAUCUGGAACUGCUAUGAAGUCUUGGUCUAUUGUCUUGAAGUCUAAUUUAUCUACUUUAGAUGCUCAUAAUAAUCUGAUUGUUUGGAAAAAUGAGAUAACACUAAAUAGAAACACAAUAGCUUUGGCUAUGGUGCCAUCAAAUGAAUAUGAAAACUCUGAACAAAGAAUUGAAAAAAUUAAAAUAUUUAGAAAAGUUUUUCCUGAUAUAUCAUUAACAACUCUUUACAAUAAAGAAGAAUUUAUACAAAUAGGUUUAAAUUCUUUAAGCACUGAUCCGAAUCAAAUGUUAGAACAUAAGAACUCAUUGGUAUUUUUAAUUAUAAGUACAAAAUAA